AUGCCACCACUCCACACUCGCACCACCGUCUGCCACCACCACCUCCGCCGCUGUUCUUACCGCCAACACCAUAUCCGCACCUUCAUAAACGCUAGAAUCAAAUGGGUCCGAGACCGUCACCUCGACGCCGCCGUGGAGAAAGAGAAGAACCUCAAGCCGCUGCUCUCCCUAAAAUACCUCAUCCUCUCCCACCCGACCCAGACCCUACCCAUCGCCACCAUCUCCCCUUUAAAACCCGAUCUCCACCUCCCAACCUCCGCCGCAAAAUUCAUCCAGAAAUACCCCAUGAUUUUCAAAACCUUCCUCCCGCCCCAAACGAGGAGCGCCCUGCCCCACGUGAAGCUCACCCCUCGAGCCCUCGCCGUCAACCGCGAAGAAACCUCAGCUCUCGCCAUCUCCCAUUACCGAAAAAAUGCUGCCCAGAGGCUUGCCAAGCUCCUCAUGCUCGCAAGAGCUGGAAAGUUUCCCCUACAUUUGAUCGAAAUGUUCAAAUACGACCUAGGCCUGCCUCACGAUUAUCUGCAGACAUUGACGCUCGAAUUCCCGGACUACUUUCAGAUUUGCGACACGGGUUUCAGUGAUUCCAAAGGCGACGUCGUUUUUGGUUUGGAGCUGGUCUCAUGGCCCUAUGAUCUGGCCGUGUCCGAAAUGCAAAGGAGGCAAGCUGAGGAUGGCAAAGCUGGAAUGCAGAUAAAGUAUUCGAUGAAUUUCCCAAAAGGGUUUGAUUUGGAGAAAAAGGUCUUAGAAUGGGUGCACGAGUGGCAGAAACUGCCUUACAUUUCCCCGUAUGAAGAUGCGUCCCAUUUACUUCCAAGUGGCGAUCUGGCGGAAAAAUGGACGGUUGGAUUAAUCCACGAGGUCUUGAGCCUGUUCGUGUCGAAAAAGACUGAAAGGGACAAUCUCUUUUGCUUGGCGGACUUUUUGGGGUUCGGACGGGUGAGGCUGAAAAAGGCAUUGGUACAUUUUCCCGGAAUUUUUUAUGUCUCGAAUAAAUUGAGUACGCAGACAGUCGUAUUACGGGAGGCGUACAGCAAGAAUUUGUUGAUUGAAAAGCACCCGUUGAUGGUUAUCAGGGAUAAGCACGUUAGUCUCAUGAAUUUGGUUUUGAGAAGGGGCAAGCCGAUUGGAGUUGUAUUUAGAGAGCGUAGAAAAGGUUCGGCUGGUUUUGUGGAGAGGGGGAAAAAGAAAGUUGAUUAUAAUCGGUGGGUGAGAAGUGAUAAUGAUGAGGAUUAG